AUGAACGACAACCCACAAGGAGGCCCUCCACGUUCAAUAGCGACAGGUCAUAAAAGAAGUAAUCUCCAUCACCCGCAAACGACUAUAAAAAUCUAUGGUAGAAAGAAACUCGGCAAACCGACCAGCAGCUGCGAAGAACACAAAUUUCCAGAUCAUGGUUACCGGAGACAUAUUCGGCGUCGGACCUCUGAUGGGAAAAGGAAAGUUCUGUCGCAGUCGCCAUCAGGUGUCAGGUCGUCUUCUUGCUACACUCUUUGUCAGAUAAAGCGUAUGGGCACGAAAAUCGAGGUGCACAGAUAUCGAGGUAGACGGAUAGAAUUAUUGAGCGGACGCACUCCUUGCGCGACAUACGCCAUGACCGCCCUUAUCUCCGCCUAUGUCAACGGCGGCUUCGCGCUUCGGAAUUUUACUUCUCGCGCCGCGAGAAUGCCCAACCCCUUUGCUACUCGGACCCAAUGUCGCACCACAAUCAUGAGACAAGACGACGCGACCAAGCAAAUCAAGGCACGACGUUCACAUCCGCACACCAAAACCAACUCGCGACUGAAAACCAAGCAUGAGCCUGCGUCGCUACAGGGGAAGUGA